GCGUCCGCUCUACCAAGUGCUUCUGCCACACGCUGCACAGACGCUGCUACUGUGUGAAACAGAACACGCCGACAGAGAGCCAGCCACACGUCAUCCUCACGCUCUCGUAGUGUCAUAGUAGCAACAUCGUCGACGGUGGUGUCACUCUCGGACUACGUCGCUGACAACACUUAUAGGAUUUAACCAACAAUGGCAACCGAUCUGACGGAAGAGCAAAUAGCAGAAUUCAAAGAGGCUUUCAGCCUUUUCGACAAAGACGGCGAUGGCACCAUCACAACCAAGGAGUUGGGAACCGUCAUGAGGUCACUAGGUCAGAACCCAACAGAGGCAGAGUUGCAAGACAUGAUCAACGAAGUAGAUGCUGAUGGAAAUGGAACUAUAGAUUUCCCAGAGUUCCUCACCAUGAUGGCGCGGAAGAUGAAGGAGACUGACUCUGAGGAUGAACUCAGGGAAGCGUUCCGAGUGUUCGACAAGGACGGCAACGGUUACAUCAGUGCAGCUGAGUUGAGGCAUGUCAUGACAAACUUGGGCGAGAAGUUGACAGACGAGGAAGUAGAUGAAAUGAUCAGGGAAGCAGAUAUUGAUGGUGAUGGACAAGUAAAUUAUGAAGAGUUUGUACGGAUGAUGACAUCGAAGUGAUCUGGAAACCCUGUCCGGCUGUGUGGUUUGUCGUCAUGCCCCUGGAACCAUCUUAUGUUGGGGCAGCUUUCAACUAUACCUUUAUGUCGUAUGUUUAUAUAUAUAUAUUCGUUGGAUUUCUUCGCAUUUUAUAAAUUUUUCAAGAUAAAAUGCUAAUCUUAAAGCAAUCCGAGUUGGAUCUACAUGUUGGCAGCCUUUACAAGUUGUGAUAUCAACCAAUCAUUGUCGUGUAUUGUCCUGUUACCUGAUCACGUGACUAUAUGAAACAGCCAAUCAGCGAAGAGCUUAUAAGAGGUAGUGUCAUGGUUGAAUGGGUGCAUGUGCUAUUGGGACUGUCAACAUACGAGAUGAAUGGGCAUCAUUUUCGUGUAGUGCGGCACCAAUUUCGUCUUCGUCAUCACCCAACUGUGUGCUGUCAGCAAAUGGGUUGUAACCAGCGGCAUUGGAGAUAUACAUCAACUAUCAAGAAACAUCCUUCCACAUAGAAUCACUUCACCUCUGUCUAUUAUCACCUUCACCACAAAAUCGAUGGAAUUACGAAAACGCCAUGACUGAACAUUAAAGGUGACAUCAAUUUUAUCAUCGUUAUCAUCUAAAAUGAAGUGGAGUUUAUUAGAUAGCCACAUACGUCUUCAAUUUAAAUAUCAGGUAAAGCAACGCCGGGAAACGAUUUCUCAAAAUCUUCACUGGCAUUGAUUAUUUGUAAUCCGAAUCUGUAGGCUAAUAUAAUAUUAAUAAUAGUCUACACGGCCCUACCAUACUGUAAUAGAGUAACUUCGGUAAAUGAUAAAUGGAUAAAUGGUAUCCCAUGGCUACGGGUAAUACACAUGUUUACUUCCAUGACAAAUUGGGAGGUUGUUUUUUAUUUCUCCAUCUACUGCACUCUUUUCGUCAUAGAAAUAUGCAAUCAUAUGCAAUUAAUAUACGUUAUGGUUGUCACGUGACUGAGAUGUGUCACAGCUCAUGUCACAUAUUUAUUGUUUACAUCCAUUUUUCCUUACCCCACAUUCCAAAUUUACAACGUUUGAUAACUUAUAUAUUCACACAAAUAUUUAUACAGUGUUCUUUCGUGUUAUGCUCUAAUGGUGUAACCCCUAUCGGCUGAAUUCUAGCUUAUGGUGGACCCUUGCGAAUAUAUAUUAAUUUAAAGAAAGUUUUAUCCCACUUUAUCCACAUUUUAAGACACCUUAAAAAUAGAAGAAUCAGUGAUUUCUUCAAUAUCUUUUACUGCUAUGGUAACACAUGAUUUAAGUUUGAAAUAGGAUUGUAUUAAGAUGACGCCGAAAACACUUGAACUUUAAAAGUCUUUUUCAAACUUCAUUCUACUUCCUGUUCCCCACAGAGGUACAAUGUGUGAAGCCCAUUUUCUGGUGUCCCCCGCCGUGAUAUUGCUGGAAUAUUGCUAAAAGCGGCGUAAAACCAUACUCACUGUCUGCAUUUUGUUCAUCGAUGUAUUUUCAGUUUAGUGUAGGGUAUUGUCCUAACCGUGUUGUUACCGAUAUGGGUACAUUGAAUAUGUCCUGCUUAGUCAGCUCUUUUGUUUGAAUUCCUCAACAUAUAUAUAUUCAUGUACUUCUAUCCUACAGAUUUGCCUACUUACCAGAUAACAUUGUGCCUAUGUAUUGUGCAACUUUAUACACACAUUGGCGACUUACAUGUGGCAUAUUCAAGUGUGGUCAUUAAAAAAUGGUUUUCCUACUUUAUUGUAUCUAUAUGUGUUUUGAUGUGGCAUUGUGUUGCUGUCCGUUGUAUACAAGUGGUAUGCUAUGUGAAAGGUCUGCAGUGAUUUAUAAAAUAUGUAUAUGAUAACGAUCAGAGUGAAAGUGUCCUAUUAUUUUCUAAAGUUCUCUUUAGAUAUUAUAAGUCAUUUACCCUAUAAUCAGUUUAGUGUUCGUAUGACAUUUGGAGAUCCCUAGAUAUACCUUUUUUUAUCAGCAAUUACAUUGCCCAAAUUCUCCGAUAUGUGCGAUUAGCUUGAUAUCACGGACGUUAAAUUUAAUAUAAGGUAUCUUUUUCGAAAAUAGAUUUACAUAUUCAUACAAUGGCUUUCUCCGACAUCGUUUAUUAAUUGAUUUGUAAGGGAUGAAAGACAAGGAAAGUAUUCCAUUUUUAAAAGAGUUUUGGAAAGAUCUUCAAGGAACCCAACUUGCUUCUUCCUCACAAACUCCCAGCAAAUUUCAUCAUGGUCGUAGCGACAGCCAGCUUAGCGAGUUUGUUAUUGUCUGGUGGAUGGGGCGUGAUGGACGCAUUAUAUAUGCUGCAGCGGCUGCUUGAGCCUCGUACCUCUGUAACAUACUUCAUCUUGUACCAUUGUGUUGGACAUUUGCGACAACACGUAUAAUCCAUUAAAGGUUUUGAAAUUGCA